UCCGUAACGUGACAUAAAUAACAACAUAGUUUUUGAGAAUUAUGUCAAGUCUGAGGGUCUAAACCUAAAAUUACAAUUUAAUGUUCUCAUUCACAAGAUAAUUUAUCUACGGUAGCCGUAGAGUCUAUUUACCAGCCACCCACCUGGGCCUGACCUGGCUUGACUUGGCUGAGCGAGACUGUCUAGACAAAACCCCACCAAAUUAGUACGGUACAGUAGUUCCAUAGACUGAACAGUUCAACACAAGACAUAUACAAUGGAUGAAAUCCUUGAAGUAACUGAUGCUCCACCCAUGAAAAAAUUUAAACAAGUUUGCCUUCAAUUUAAACCAAUGGAUGUAAAAGUCCAAGUUAAAUCAGCAUCAAAUACAAACAAGAAAAGAAAACUAUCUGAUCAAGAAUCACCGAGUGCCAAAGCUCCUAAAACCAUUAAACCAAUAGUUCAAGAGAACUUUAAGACUCCUGUUUUAGAAAAUGAUCCUGAAGUAAGCUCAAGCUCAGAAGCUGACAACCUACAAGUAAAUUCAAUGCAGAAAAACAAAACAACACGGUCAAAUAUUUUAGAAAAAUUCAUUCGGAAGUCAUCUCAGGAAGAAAUCACAUCAACUAUUGAUGUUAUUGAUAUAGCCAAAACUGAAAGCAAGACUGCCAGUAGUGCUGGUGAUCUCACAAGUCGUAAAACAGCAGGAAAAGUUUCACCAAAACAGAAGACUUUAAAUUCAAUGUUUAUUCAAAAAACUAGCACACCAAAUUCCAAGGUUAUCCGUAAUAAAAAGCCAUUUGAUCCUAAGGUUGAAAAAGAAAAUGUAGAUUCUGCUGAAUCUGAAUCAAAAAAUGUGAAAUGUGACAUUGUUGAAGUUUCUGAAGAAGACCAGUCUUCACAGAAUGAUGAAGAUUGUUCAUCUGAUGAAGAUAACACAUCAUUAGAUAAAUCAACAAGUUUAGAUGAAAGUAAGAUUGACUUGUCACUCAUGUCAACUCCUGGUAAAAGUUCUACAGGCUUAGAUAGUUCAAUUAGUGAAGCGCCAAUUAGUAUAGAUUCUAAAUCAGGUAGUGUUCCGGCAAGUGAUGCUUCCACAACACCUCUCACCAAAAAACCAAGAGCCUCAUCAAAGAUGUCUGAGAAAAAGAAGCAAGAGAGAUCAGAAAUGAGAAUGCGUAUUAAAGAACAGAAAGAAAAAGAACGCAUGGAGAAAAAACUCCAAAAAGAAAAGGAAAUUCAAGAAAAGAAACAAAAAUUAGAGGCCAUGAAAUUAGAAAAGGAGAGGUUAAAGAAAGAAGAAAAGGAACAAAAAGAGAGAGAGAAACAAGAAAAGAUAGAAAAAUUAGAGAAAGAAAAGUUAGAGAAACAACAAUUAAAAGAAGAGGAAAAGAAAAAAAAACAAGAAAUGUUAGAUGCCAAAUUGGAAGAAAAAAAGAAGAAGGAAGAUGAAAAGAAAAUGAAAGAAGAAGAGAAAAAAUUGAAAGAAGAAGAAAAAAAGAAAGAAGAGGAAGAGAAGUUGAAGAAACAGAAUAAAGUAAAACAAGCAUUUGAAGGUUUUUUUGUAAAACAGAAUACAUGUGUACCUAAGCCAGCUGAAGUAAUAAAGACAGAUUUGUGUAAAUAUUAUGAAGUAAAGAAAGAUACAUACAGAGCUCCACGAGUUUGGAGAAUAUUAAAUACAACAGAAAAAUCAAACUUAGACAAAGUUGUGCAAUCUCAGGAAUCUUCCCCAUUAUACAUUGAUAGUAUUAAAUGUAAAAGUCAUCAACCUCUUCAUGCUGAUCCUGAUCAGUAUCAACCUAAGAAAGAUAAUGAUGAAGAAAUAAUUAUUCAUGAUUCUGAAACUGUUAAAAAGAUGACGCAUCAUGUGAAAUAUAUAUUUUUUCACACUAAUUAUCGACCACCAUAUUAUGGUACAUGGAGAAAAAAGAGUGAUAAAUUGACGCCUAGAAAUCCUUUCAAGAUGGAUAGUGAUUUGUUAGAUUAUGAAGUAGACAGUGAUGAUGAAUGGGAAGAAGAAGAACCUGGUGAAAGUUUAUCAGCUUCAGAGGGAGAAGAUGGAGAUGAUAAAGAAAAGGAAGAUGAAGAGGAAGGUGAUGAUGGGUGGAUGGUACCUCAUGGUUAUCUAUCAGAAGAUGAAGGCUGUGAUGAUGAUAAAGAGAUUACUCCCGAAGUAUUAAAAGCUCGACAGCAAGCUAAAGCUGAUCAGUGGGAAGCAGAUUUAAAACGUCAAUGUCAACCAGUUAAAACUGUUGUGCUUGGAUGUUAUUGGGAAGAGGAGGAAAGUCAGUUAAGUCAAAUAGAUUUAGAUAUUCUGGAAUCCUUUUCUGCUGUUUGCUUGUCAAUGGUACCUGUAGAUACAACAUUAUCUAUAGAUAAAACUAAAUCUACAACCAUGACACAAGGUACAGAAAGAUGUGCUACGCCAAGUGGUUCAAAAGGAACAAAACCCAAAUCAGUUCCUGAAGAAGCAAUGCCAGAACUAAUUAAGCUCCUUCAUGGUAACACAUCUGGAAUAAAGAAAUUAAUUCAUGAAUUCCGUGUUUAUUGGAAACAGAAAACGGGUGGAUUAAAUAAUGUGAAUGGUGAUUCUACUGUAAAAACAGAAACAGCCAUGGAGGUAGAGGAGGAAGACUCACCUAAGAGAACAAAUUUAAAUGAAUCCUUAAAGGAAGAAAACACCCCAGCUAAGGAGGAUCAAUUUAGUAUAAGUAAACGUCAACUUGAGUUGAAAAUUACAUCUGUAGCAGUGCGUGAAAAAAGAAGUGCUUACAAAAAAAUCUGUUGGCAUGUGCAUGACACUAUUUUAAAACAAUAUAAUUUAGAAGAUCUCAGUUAUCCUAAUACAUGGGAAUAUGUGACAGUGACUAAAGUUAAACGAGAUGAUAAUAAUACAGUAGAUGUGGCGACACCUACUACUGGUACAAAUAGUACGGAAGCAGAUUUAAAUAUGUCUGUUUGUGAUGAAAACCAAACACCUGUUAAAGUAUUACCUAAAGAUCAGCGAUCUAUAAUGGAUUUUACUAAAAAGUUGGCUCACCCACCAGAAAUUGUUGCUAAGCCUGUGGAAAUUAUUAAUGGUGCUAAAAUUAAUCCAGAAACGAAAAAAGUUGUAAAACCAAACGUUCUUAAAUUAUUAAAUGCUGCUGCAAAACAGCAGCCAAUUACUGUAUCUACUUGUGACAAUAAAAAACCUCCAACUACUAGUGAACCUGCUAUCAGGGCUCCUGAACUUGUUCCAGUAGUAGAACGUAUGGAAAUUAAUGAAGACAGUAAUGGGUGUAUUUUAUUAGACUAGACCGGGGUAAAUUAUUUUAUACCAAGUAUGACUAUUCUAUUUAUACUUUUAUCAAAAUGUGGUCUAGCCAAAUUAAUAUUUAAUUUUAGUUAUCAAUGAUCAUUUAUUAAUAAAAUAUUAUCAUGGCAUAAAUAACAAAGAAUUAUUCUGAAUUAUUAUUUUGGGUGUAUAAAUUAACCUCGUGGAUAAUUUGUUUUUCUUGAAUACUUUAUAGCAUGAAUUAAUACAUGUACCGUAAACUUUGCAUAAGUCGGAUCUAAGUGGACUGACCAAUUUUAACUGAGUUAGCCGAAGACCGAAAUUCAAUCUUAGCUUGAUUAGAAAUAAACUGCAUGAGCCGGAUAAUAAUUGAUUCAAAGGCACAUUUCAAGCUUUUAUUCGUAUGUGCGAGUAGAUAACUUCCGUUUUGUUGCCAUCUUUGAAAAAUGUCCUAAAUUUUUUCGGAAAGUGUAUUGUACAGCGAGUUUCAAUUUUUCUGGGAAAAUUCUAUUAUUGCGUCGCGUCAAAUAGGCUGAUUUGAGGCAAAAUGAUAGAGGAAGGUAUUUUGGGCUCUGUGCAUAGAAAACAUGUACCUAACCGCGAUUUAGACCAUUCCAUUGGGAUGAAACAGUCAAAUACUGCCGAUCCGACAUGGGCAAAGGAAAAACGUCGGAAUUAGAUCAAAUGGACCAAACAUUUUAAUCCAAGUUGAGCAAAGAUCCGACUUAGGAAAUCUGACUUACGCACAGAAAUUUAAUAAGAAAACCAUGCAGUAUCAAAGGGUCCAAACGAUUUUAUCCAAGUUGAGCAAAGAUCCGACUUAGACAAAUCCGACUUAUGCAAGGUUUACUGUAUCUUCUUCAGAUUUAUCAAUCAUAAAAUUAAUUCUUUAUUCUUUUGCUUCAUAUCCUUUGCCUGUGAAAAACGUGUUUACAAUUUAAUCAGGAAACUGUUGUUAUGGUAAUAUUUUAUCCUAUAAAUAUACAUGUAUGUAUGUAAAUCCUCUAUUUUAACAGAUAUAGUUUUGUAGUAAUAUUAGUAUCUUUAACUAAUUUAUAAGUCACUUGUGUAUCUGUUGGCAUCAUUUUACAGUCUAUGUGGAAGAAUAUUUUGUAGUAAUAUUGGCAGUAAAUUUUUAAGAUUGGCAUAAACUAUUGAAGUGCCAUAAAUAUUCAUUAAUACAUUGUUAUGUAUGUGUCGUGCAAUAUGACCAAUCAUUUUAUUUUCAUAAUUUCCAGCAUCACAAGCCUUUGUUAAACCUGAUGUGAUAUAACCAAUCCAUUGAUUGUGAUCUUAAUUGUUUAUUUGGAGACUGUAUCUUAUUGUAUUAAUUAAAUAAAUACUAUCAAAUAAUUAUUGUGAAUAAAAACAUUUUUCAUCUACAUGUACUUACGUUCAAGUAAUUUUUAAUAAACUAUAGUUUAAUUAUAUAUGUUAGAUGUCAUGUUAAUGAUUCAUAUAAAGGGAUUCAUAAUUGUAUUCUCUUAAUACAGAUAUAAAAUUUACUUAUUUA